AUGGAAACGGAGCCGCGGAACCCGCGCUUCAGCAAAGACUUGCUGAACUUGAGAAAGAUCCAGGAUACUCUUGCCAAGAUGAAGAAGUACUCUGAGGCUGGAAAGACAAAGCAGCAAGCGGACAUCCUCGAGGCCAAGGAGCGCGAAGCUUGGAGCAGCAAGCGCGAAGCGAAGAUCCGGAGCCUUGAGGAGCAGUUCUUGCACAAACAAUCCCUGGAGAUGACGGGCCUGACAAAGCGCAUCGUGUCCGGACGGGAGGAGCAAAAGAAUGCGAGGAAGCUGGAACUGCAGAGAUUGCUGCAGCGAUAUCACAACGUAUUCUACUGCAGUUGCAGCACAUGCAUUUUGAUCAUCGAGUCAAGCCAAUGCAAACCUCUAAGACUAGAGAAACUUAGUGCAGUGUGUCAGCUCCUUUUUGGCGUCGACAAGGGUGCUUUGAGGAAGACAGGUCGGCCUUCUUUGCCACCAACUCAACAGCCCUUGAAGCGACUACGUGCUGUCCCCUCUUGUCCGGAUGGGCCUUCAUCCUUGAGGACACUUUUGGACAGCGCACUGCCAAACAAGAAAGAGUUUAUUGACGGGUGGCUAUCAGCUUUGAAUCAGCCCAGUAUUUGCAUCACGGAGGUGACAGACGUGCAGCGCCUUGAUCCAGAAGAUAUCUCCAGCCUUCCAGUGCCACCACUGGUUAAGAGCGUUUUUCGCGACAUUCUGGCUGAGGAGGCAGAAAAGCAGAGAGAGCAUACAGAGAUCUUGAAAGAUACUCUGGUGUGGGGCCAAGCUGCAAAGCCAAACCCGUCGCCUGAGAACCUUGAACUGCCACAAAAUUCAAAGCAGACUGAGGCCCUGCUCGAUUUGUAUUCGGCAUUAGCGCAUCAUUGGCAUCACUGGGACGACUUGCACAGACUUUUGGUUGCCAUGGUGCGUGGAGCAAGGAGAGCUAUUGCUGUAGGAGUUGCAGUGGCUGUUGCAUGCGGUCUGCAGAAGCAUUUGAAUUUUGUGCCUGGGCCUCGGCAUGCUGCUCCAGUGGCCGCAGCAGCAGCCAGCAUGAUGAUGGCUCCUGCGGCUUUUGCUGAUGAGAUCGGCGAUGCUGCAAAGAAGCUUGGGGAUGCUUCCUACUCCUUUGCCAAGGAAGUGGACUGGAACAAUGGCAUUUUCUUGCAAGCCCCCGGCAAGUUUCAGCCCUUGGAAGCUUUGAAAGCCAUUGACAAGAUGAUCGAAAUGGGGGCAGCCGCAGAUCCCAAGCUUCUGAAGGAGGCAGCAGAAGCACAUCACAAGGCCAUCGGGAGCAUCAGCGGGCCAAAUGGUGUGACUUCGCGCGCUGACUGGGAUGCCGUGAAUGCAGCCAUUGGCCGCAUCGUCGCUUCGGUCCCAAAAGCAAAGGUCAUGGCCGUUUACGAUUCAGUGACAGCCAUCACGGACCCCGGAGUGCCAGCUUACAUGAAGUCCUUGGUGAAUGGACCCGAUGCCGAGAAGGCCUACCAAGGAUUCCUGGAAUUCAAGGAUGUUGUUGAAAAGAACCAGGUGUCCACCGCCAGUGCUCCUGCAGUUGUGCCUUCUGGGGACAAGAUUGGUGUAGCUGCAAAAGCGUUGUCCGAUGCAUCAUAUCCUUUCAUCAAGGACAUCGAUUGGCUGUCGGACGUUUACCUGAAGCCGCUGCCCGGCAAGACUGCCCCAGAGACGCUGAAAGCGAUUGACAAGAUGAUCGUGAUGGGCGCCAAGAUGGAUGGCAACCUCUUGAAGGCAGCAGCAGAGGCACACCACAAGGCCAUUGGCAGCAUUGAUGCCACCGGUGUGACGUCUGCGGCCGACUACGAAGCUGUGAAUGCAGCCAUUGGGCGCUUGGUGGCAUCCGUGCCGAAGACAACUGUGAUGGAUGUGUACAAUUCCAUGGCUGGCAUCGUUGAUUCCCAGGUCACCAACAACAUGUUCUCGAAGGUGAAUCCAUUGGAUGCAGUGGCUGCCGCCAAGGGUUUCUACACCUUCAAAGAUGUUGUGGAGGCUUCCCAGAAAGCUAUUGCUGUAGGAGUUGCGGUGGCUGUUGCAUGCGGUCUGCAGAAGCACUUGAAUUUUGUGCCUGGGCCUCGGCAUGCUGCUCCAGUGGCCGCAGCAGCAGCCAGCAUGAUGAUGGCUCCUGCGGCUUUUGCUGAUGAGAUCGGCGAUGCUGCAAAGAAACUUGGGGAUGCUUCCUACUCCUUUGCCAAGGAAGUGGACUGGAACAAUGGCAUUUUCUUGCAAGCCCCCGGCAAGUUUCAGCCCUUGGAAGCUUUGAAAGCCAUUGACAAGAUGAUCGAAAUGGGGGCAGCCGCAGAUCCAAAGCUUCUGAAGGAUGCAGCAGAAGCACAUCACAAGGCCAUUGGGAGCAUCAGCGGGCCAAAUGGUGUGACUUCGCGCGCUGACUGGGAUGCUGUGAAUGCAGCCAUUGGCCGUGUAGUCGCUUCGGUCCCCAAAGCAAAGGUCAUGGCCGUUUACGAUUCAGUGAAAGCCAUCACGGACCCCGGGGUGCCAGCGUACAUGAAGUCCUUGGUGAACGGACCCGAUGCCGAGAAGGCCUACCAAGGAUUCCUGGAAUUCAAGGAUGUUGUUGAAAAGAACCAGGUGACCACCGCCAGUGCUCCUGCAGUUGUGCCUUCUGGGGACAAAAUUGGUGUAGCUGCAAAAGCGUUGUCCGAUGCAUCCUAUCCUUUCAUCAAGGACAUUGAUUGGCUGUCGGACAUUUACCUGAAGCCGCUGCCCGGCAAGACCGCCCCAGAGACGCUGAAAGCCAUUGACAAGAUGAUCGUGAUGGGCGCGAAGAUGGAUGGAAACCUCUUGAAGGCAGCAGCAGAGGCACACCACAAGGCCAUUGGCAGCAUUGAUGCCACUGGUGUGACGUCUGCGGCCGACUACGAAGCUGUGAAUGCAGCCAUUGGCCGCUUGGUGGCAUCCGUGCCGAAGACAACUGUGAUGGAUGUGUACAAUUCCAUGGCUGGCGUGGUUGAUUCCAGCGUCCCCAACAACUUGUUUUCGAAGGUGAACCCAUUGGAUGCAGUGGCUGCCGCCAAGGGUUUCUACACCUUCAAGAUGUUGUGGAAAGCUGUUGCUGUCGGAGUUGCGGUGGCUGUUGCCUGCAGUGUCCAGCAGCACUUGAAUUUUGUGCCUGGGCCUCGGCAUGCUGCUCCAGUGGCCGCAGCAGCAGCCAGCAUGAUGAUGGCUCCUGCGGCUUUUGCUGAUGAGAUCGGCGAUGCUGCAAAGAAACUUGGGGAUGCUUCCUAUUCCUUUGCCAAGGAAGUGGACUGGAACAAUGGCAUUUUCUUGCAAGCCCCCGGCAAGUUUCAGCCCUUGGAAGCUUUGAAAGCCAUUGACAAGAUGAUCGAAAUGGGAGCAGCCGCAGAUCCCAAGCUUCUGAAGGAGGCAGCAGAAGCACAUCACAAGGCCAUCGGGAGCAUCAGCGGGCCAAAUGGUGUGACUUCGCGCGCUGACUGGGAUGCCGUGAAUGCAGCCAUUGGCCGCAUCGUCGCUUCGGUCCCAAAAGCAAAGGUCAUGGCCGUUUACGAUUCAGUGACAGCCAUCACGGACCCCGGAGUGCCAGCUUACAUGAAGUCCUUGGUGAAUGGACCCGAUGCCGAGAAGGCCUACCAAGGAUUCCUGGAAUUCAAGGAUGUUGUUGAAAAGAACCAGGUGCCCACCGCCAGUGCUCCUGCAGUUGUGCCUUCUGGGGACAAAAUUGGUGUAGCUGCAAAGGCGUUGUCCGAUGCAUCCUAUCCUUUCAUCAAGGACAUCGAUUGGCUGUCGGACAUUUACUUGAAGCCGCUGCCCGGCAAGACUGCUCCAGAGACGCUGAAAGCCAUCGACAAGAUGAUAGUGAUGGGUGCCAAGAUGGAUGGAAACCUCUUGAAGGCAGCAGCAGAGGCACACCACAAGGCCAUUGGCAGCAUUGAUGCCACCGGUGUGACGUCUGCGGCCGACUACGAAGCUGUGAAUGCAGCCAUUGGCCGCUUGGUGGCAUCCGUGCCGAAGACAACAGUGAUGGAUGUGUACAACUCUAUGGCCGGAGUCGUUGAUUCCACCGUCACCAACAACAUGUUCUCGAAGGUGAAUCCACUGGAUGCAGUGGCUGCCGCCAAGGGCUUCUACACCUUCAAAGAUGUUGUUGAGGCUGCCCAGCGCUGAAGGUGAAGACCAUCAGAAGGAAGUUUCAAUUGUUUAACAUGCUCUAACACUUUUUUGAUGUUGUAUAGAUACAGAAUGUUACGGACAUCUGUAACAGUUUCUUGACCCAGGCAAAAGGCUCUCAAGCACAUGCAAAAAAGGGGAAAAACAAACACGCGCAACAAAUGAUGUGAGCUGCGAUGCCA